AUGGGAUGCUUGUUCUCCAAGUCGGAUGACAAGGUGGACAAGCUACCCAAGGAUGACCAGGCCCCAGAGGAGGAUCACGGGAGUCUCUCGGGGGACGGCGGGCGAGGUUUGACCGGGGCGAAAUCCCCACGCAAGCCGCCCACUGUGUUCACCUCCGACGGUCCUAAACCGGUUCCCAAGGCAAGAACAUUCAUCGAGGAGGACGACGACUCACCCGCUAGGCCGUCGGGACCGUCCAAGGUGCUCAAGAAGCGCGUUCCCGCGCGUUUGGCUGAACAGCCGAGCAACUCGGCACCGGAAGUGGACGAGGUGCAAGAUGACCUCGAGGCUGAGCUGGCCAGGGCCAAGCCGAAGAAGGGUGGCCAGACGGCGUCGGCUCCGACGGUGGACCCUGACGCUGAAGCGAUUGCAGCUGAGGUGGAAAAGUUGAAGAGGCGGAAGAAGGACAAGAGCCGACUCACAGACCUCGACUCGGACGAAGAUUUGGAUCCCAGCGAGGAAGGGACGAGGGAGGAGUUGCUGCGGAGAAGGGCAGCGCAGCGCACAUCGACGGUCGGCAUGAGCAGUGGGGUGAGAAAGAAAGUUUUCGGGAAGCUCGAUGAUCUCAGCGAUGACGAGAACUCUGGCCAGUUGAUGGCUCCGGCUCUUUCAUCAGCGCCCGUCCUCGGCGGACACAGGCCGCUCCUUGCUGGGUCGGGCAGAGGCCGGCCAGGACUGGCGCCGUUGAAACCUCUUGGAGGCAUAUCCAACGGACCGGCGUUGGGUUCGUUUCUUGCGCCGGUGCGUCGACCAGCCGGGAAGAGCGUGCCCGCGGAACAGGAAAAACCGGUAUCCUUGUACCAGCAGAGGCAGCAGGAGGAGCGACAACCGAGUCCCGUGCAGGUUUCUGCUCCUCCAGAAAAGGUGGAUGACGAGGAGGACUUCGUCUGGAAAGACGAUGAAGAGGAGACUUUGGCCGCGCCAAGAGGGCACGUGCAGGAAAUCGAACCCGCUGCGCCGUCGGUUUCACAGCUUGAAGAUGACGACGAGGCUGACCUGGUUUGGAGAGACGAUGAAGAAGAGCCUCCUCAGGCUGCUCAACCCCUUGUGCCGCCCGAGGCACCAGACGAUGAGGAGGUUGAACGGGUCUGGAGAGACGAUGAAGCUAGCACUCCGGGACGGGAUGAGUACGAACAUGACGUGUUUGAGACGGAUGAAACCAAACCCGAAACACCCGAGGCGACCAUGCUUGAGGAGAUGAUCGGUGAGACUGAACAAUACGUGGUUGAGGAAGACGAUGACUUUGAACCUGAGGAGCUUCCUGAGUCUUCUCCAGAGUCUCAAGGGGCGGUCACUCCCGCCGCAUCGGCCAAGCUCGAAGACUCGCUCGUCCUAGAGGACGCGACGCCUGUUCCAUUCACACCUUCAUCCGAGCCGAGGCCGCCCGAGGAUGACUGGGGUGGCGACGACAUGGAUGACGGCUUUGAGGCUGGCGGAGAGAUCGACUAUGAGGACGCCGCUGUAGUUGACGAGGACGAGUCAGAGGAUGACGUUUGGUGAUCACCGGUAUAAUAGCAACAAUAGUCUCAAGUG